UCGGGGAAGGAGCAGGAAAAGAAGGCGAGAAAGAAGUACCGAAACUUCAUAUCAAGCUUUAAAAUGUCUGGACGCUCUGUUCGAGCCGAGACUCGCAGCCGCGCUAAAGAUGACAUCAAGAAAGUCAUGGCAGCCAUUGAGAGGGUCCGCAGAUGGGAGAAGAAGUGGGUUACCGUGGGAGACACAUCUCUGCGGAUAUUUAAGUGGGUGCCAGUGGUAGACAUCAAAGAGAAAGACAGGAGCAAAGUUGCUGUGGGUGGACCGAGACAGCUGAAGAACUUUUCUGCAAACAAGGUCUCAGAAAAAGCCCGUUCAGUCCUGCUGGACUUCCAGGAUGAGACCAGUAACCAGAGCUCCCUGUCGGACGCCUACCAGGCCAAAGCUGACGACAGCAGCAGCUCCAGCCCCCAGCCCAGCGAACCCGUGAGCCCCGCCCACAUCUCAGACUUCCGCACCGAUGACUCCCAGCCCCCCACGCUGGGCCAGGAGAGCUUACCGGACUCGGAGACAUCGAUGCCGAUCUCUGCCGACGCUGACGAGCCUCCUACACUGACUAAAGAGGACAUGCUGUCCCUCGCUGACCAGGAGGAGGAUGAUGGAGUGCCACCGCUGAAGCGAGUGUGUACUGACCAGACCUCCCCCAGCUAGCCCACAAUGCACUUCACUCAGCCGGCAGAGUGCACCGCAGUGUGCAGCCUAACUCGCUGCGGCUGCACACCACACACCAAGGACCACACGCCUCAGUAUUGAAGUAUUUUUGGAAGUAUUGUUUGACUGCAUUUAAAAAAAAAAAAAUUUUUUAGUUGCAGCCAAAACCUUUGGUCACGAUAUUACAUCCACAGGAUAACAAUUGUUAGCUGUGUGAACCACAUUUUAUUUGGGAUGCAUUCUAAACUUAGCAUGGUAUACAAAAAAUGUCAGGCACAUGCUUGCCUUUUACAUUUCUGUCACUGGAAAUGACUGUUUAAAAGUAUAUUUAAACUAUAGCUUUAAAUGUUGGGUUUGUAUUGCAUGUACAGUAUGUCCUGUAAUGCCAUUUGCCAUUGACCUUCUGGAGCUGAAAGACAUUUUUUAUAAGUCCAUGAUAAACAAUCAUGCCCAGUGUUGUCUUUAAAAAAAAAAGGUUAUUUCAGCCAAGUCAAAUAUGAAUUUGGAUCAAUCAAUUUUUUUGUUAACUGAGCAGUUUAUAUUCUAUUCUUCUGUAAAAUACAAUCCCAGUGGAUGUAUUCUGCAGUGUUGAGCCAUAAUAAUGUUUUUUAGGAACAGACUUUCAAGUGGAGCAAAUAAAAUUGUGGUUUCAUAUAUAUAUUAGUCAGCUCCAUAAUGUUUGGGACAUUAUAUUUAUUUGUCUUUCUACUCCACAAUUUUCGAUUUGUAAUCAAAUAAUUCACUUGUGGUUAAAGUACAGAUUCUGCAGAGUUCUGGAAAAGGCUCAUGUGGACUGAUAAGACCAACAUUCACUUGUAUCUGGGUGAUUUCAAGAGCAAAGUGUAGAGGCCAAAAGGAACUGUCCAGGAUCCAAAGCACCCGCUCAUCUGUGAAACUUGGUGACAGAGGUGUUAUGGCCUGGGCACGUCUAAGCUGCUACAGGUUCUGGCUCAUUUAUCUUCAUUGAUGAUGGAACUGCUGUGUACAGAAGCAUCUUAUCUGCUCAAAUUCAAGCAAAUGCCUUAAAACUCAUUGAACGGCACUUCAUCCUACAGCAAGACAAUGACCCCAAACACACUGCUAAAGCAAAAAAGAAGUUUUAAAAGCCGAAAAUGAGAAAAUUAUUGACUGGCCAAGUCAUUCACCCAAUCUGAAACCAAUUGAAUAUGCUUUUCAUAUGCUGAAGAGAAGCAACAAGCCCCCAAAACAAGCAGGAGCUGAAGAUCGCUGAAGUAUAGGCCUGGCAAGGCAAGAUACUCAGCACCUGGUGAUGUCUAUGGGUCAGACUUCAAGCAGUCUUUGCAUGCAACAAAGUACUGAACAUGACUACUUUAAUUUACAUUCCAUUAAUAUGCCCCACACAUCAUGGUGCCCUGAAAUGGGGAUCUAUGAGGUCUGUAGUUUCUACAUGGUGAAACGUAUAUAGAAAUACCCUGAAAUAAAAACUGCAGUUUAAGCACAUGUGAAUUCUUUGAUUAAAUCUAAAAUGGUGGAGUGUAGGGCCAAAUCAAUAAACUGAUUGAAAAUGUGUGUUUUUUUUUUUUUUUUCUUAAGUCACAAUUCAUUGAGGUACAACUGUGUUAUUUCAUUGAGGUUGAGGUACAGUGUUGUAUAUUUCACUUGAAUAGUCUGCUCUUUGUUUUGAUUUUUCUUAUUGAUGUUUCAUUUCUUUUUUAUGCAAACCUUUGUUUCCAUUUAAAAGACAUCAUUGAUUUCUUAUUUCUCUUGUAUUUUGACAGCCUGAAAGUGUUUUUCUCAAUUUAUUUUCCAUUUUUUCAAAGUUGUGACCAGUAUAGUUACCAUUUAAACCAUAGUUUAAAUAUACCAUUUUUUACAUGAAAUUUUAAAAUAGCUUUUCUCACAAGGAUAAACCAUUUCAGUGAAUGUUUUCCUUGAGUGUCCACACUGAAAACUGAGAACUGAGAACUUCUAUGUUAUUUAACAAUUUUGGUGUUAUUGGUGAUAUUUUAUUGCAUAUGAUGGAAUGUGCUAUACUAUACUCUUUCUUAAAAUAGUAUUUGUUUUUUCAUAAUUUAUGGAACGGCUUUACUUUAAAUGUUUUAAAGUGAAAGAACUGUUUGGUUUCCCAUUGCAUCCACAUAUCUGGGUGUUCUUAAAUGAUCCUAUUAUCCUAACCAUGGCUGACAGGUAUUAAGAGCACACUUUUGAAACACCAUUGUUUUAUUUGAUUGGGAUGUCUAAGGGUUUUUUAAAUAAAAAACCUUUUUAGUGAACAA